AUUGGCUAUGUCAAAGAAGAGGAUAUUAUCCCCAGAUGCAGUGCUUGCGGCUGCUGAUACAAUCAUGAAUUACAAACCUAACAAUGCAACUGUAAUAAAAAAAGAGAUUAAAACUGAGCAGGAGGAGUUACAAGUAGGAUUGGCUAUGUCAAAGAAGAUGAAGUUAUCUCCAGAUGCAGUGGUGGGAGCUGCUGAUACAAUCAUGAAACCUAAUAAUGCAACUGUAAUGAAAAAGGAGAUUAAAAUUGAGCAGGAGGAGUUACAAGUAGGAUUGGCUAUGUCAAAGAAGAGGAAAUCAUCUCCAGAUGAAGUGGUGGCAGCUGAUACAAUCAUGAAUAACAAACCUAACAAUGCAACUGUAAUAAAAAAGGAGAUUAAAACGGAGCAGGAGGAGUUACAAGAUCACAUCAGCGUAUUCACACUGGAGAGAAACCGUUCAAGUUCCUCAUCUUUCACUCAGAAAUCUAAUCUCAGAGCACAUCAGCGUAUUCACUCUGGAGAGAAACCUCACAAGUGUAGCGAAUGCUCCUCAUCUUUCUCUGAUAAAUCUACUCUCAGAAAACACCAGCUUAUCCACACAGGAGAGAAACCUUUUAAGUGUAAUGAUUGCUCCUCAUCUUUCACUCAGAAAGCUCAUCUCAGAGCACAUGAGCGUAUCCACACUGGAGAGAAACCGUUCAAGUGUAGUGAAUGCUCCUCAACUUUCUCUGAUAAAUCUACUCUCAGAAAACACCAGCUUAUCCACACAGGAGAGAAACCUUUUAAGUGUAGUGAAUGCUCCUCAUCUUUCACUCAGCAAUCUACUCUCAGAGCACAUCAGCGUAUUCACACUGGAGAGAAACCUCACAAGUGUAGUGAAUGCUCCUCAACUUUUUCUGAUAAAUCUACUCUCAGAAAACACCAGCUUAUCCACACAGGAGAGAAACCUUUUAAGUGUAGUGAAUGCUCCGCAUCUUUCAGACACAAAUCUAGUCUGAAUAGUCACCAGCAUAUUCACACUGGAGAGAAACCUCACAAGUGUAGCGAAUGCUCCGUAACUUUCACUCAGAAAUCUCAUCUCAGAGCACACCAGCUUGUACACACUGAAGAGAAACCUGUCAAGUCAAAGAAGUGAUCAUAAUAUGCUUGUUCUGACAGAA